AUGGCGGAGGCAGCCAACAAAUCCUCUCUGGCGAGCACGAUUUUCCCCUGGAGUAGAAGCAGCACACCUCCGCCCAAGUCACCUCUCCAGAAGCCCAAGGACAAAUCUCCAGCUCUCAAGCAGUCUAGUGGGCUCGACCACACCAUUAAUCUGGGACCUCGCAAUCUGCCGAAAUACCCCAAGGACUGUCCUCCUCUAAAAGCUCGGUGGCAUUAUGCCGUUGACGUGCCAAAGCGGAAGCCAUUUGCACCGGAGCCAUCAGCCGAAGACAAGUCCAAACCACCGCCAGUCCCGAAAAGGUUGGUUGCUUUCUCAGCCACGGAUUCGAUCAACAUCGAAAAGGCGUAUCAGACUCUUGUGCAGAAGAGUCAAAGCAGAGGCGGAAGCGCUGAGCCGGCGACGAGUACCAAGGUACCAGUGAACGAGGAUUACCUGUACGACGUCGACAUUGAGAAACGGGAGCUGCUGCCCGCGUAUUGGCUUGGCCCGGUGUACGAAGUACGAAGAGGUACUUGGUUCUACGCAGAAAAUCCCCUAAGACCAUGCGACGAGAAUCUAGCCCACCAGCUUGAGGAAGGCUACUUGAAACUGAGUCCUUGGAGGCGAAUCAACCUGCAAUCCCCGCGUGCAGCUUCACAACCUAGAGCGCGACCGAAAUCCGAAAUUAUAGAGAGCUCGUCAGCUCGGUCCUCGGCCCAGGCGCCCCCGUCGCAGGACGAUAUCCAAACUACCAGCCCCAACACGUAUCGACUCUUUGGGACCCAUAUGAACACGACAGUGACAUACCAAGACGAUACAGUCGCAUAUCUGACCACCGACGACUUUCUCUCUCGAGUGAGCAGCACAGUUUACGGAAGAUUUGUCGGCUAUGGGGGCACUAAAGUUGUUCGCGGCUGGGUAGAGAGAUUGGGCGACCCCCCGAAAGCCGAGCAGAAAGACGGCGAAUCUGCCGCCACGAAGGACAAACGCAAGUCCGCCAAAGUGCCCUCGGAAGCCGAAGCCGACCCUGGCCAGGACAAGCUCCAAGCAAAGAAGAAGGACGAUACGGAGAGACCACGACGUACGGCACUUGAGCGACAAAUCUCCUCCCUGGCUGGUCUCCCUAAAGCUGACGAAUUCAACGAAAUUGGCGAGGAGGAAGAGGCCCGAGAGCAAGAAGAACGUGAGAUGGAAGACGCCCGAGAGAAAGACGGAGAAGACCAGGCAAGACAGAUUGAUCACUUAGUUCUUGUGACCCAUGGGAUUGGCCAGCGGCUAGGUUUGCGUCUUGACAGCAUCAACUUCAUUCAUGAUGUCAAUAUGCUCCGCAAGACGAUGAAGGCCGUGUAUGAGUCGGCUCCUGACCUACAGGCUUUAAGUGGUGACCCAAAGAACUGCAGAGUACAGGUGCUCCCCAUCUGCUGGCGACACAGACUAGAUUUCCCGAAGCAAAGUCUCAAGCAGAACCGUCAGGAAUUUGACAUUGGCGAUGCUGACACUCUCUUCGAAGAUCAAUACCCCUCGCUGCAGGAUAUCACGGUGGAAGGCGUCCCGGCGGUGCGGAACCUGAUCACUGAUCUGGCGUUGGACGUGCUCCUCUACCAAAGUGCUUACAGAGAGCACAUUGCUUCGAUCGUGCAGCAAGAAUCAAAUCGAGUCUACCAGCUGUUCAAACAACGAACAGGCUUCUCGGGGAAGGUGAGCUUCUGUGGCCACUCGCUGGGUAGCGCCAUUUGCUUCGAUAUCCUUUGCAGACAGGAAGACGAACUGAAAACGCGUCCGAGACGAGUGUCGAGCAAGACAUCGCGCGAGCUCGGCAUCGAGACAAAAGACCUCAAACUCGACUUUGACGUUGAGAACUUCUUCGCUCUUGGCUCGCCCGUCGGCCUCUUUCAGAUGCUCAAGGGCAGAACGAUCGCUGCCCGACCGUCUCACGGAGCCAGCGCUUUCGGGGCCACGGUAGUACCUACAUCACCGUUUGAUCCAGAUCCAAUGAAGAACGACCCAUUCGAUAAUCCCUCUUUGAAGCUUAAUGCCGCCUACAGUCCGACAGAUCUCAUACCAAUCACGACUUCCUCGCCGAAAUGCAGCGAACUGUUCAACAUCUUCCACCCUACUGAUCCUAUAGCCUACCGCCUGGAGCCGCUCAUCUCGCCCGCCAUGGCACAGCUCAAGUCUCAGCCGAUCCCAUACACCAAGAAGAAUCUCUUUGCUGCCCCAGGUAUCUCCAAUAUCUCGGAGCGAGUAGGUCAGCAGAUUAUGUCGAGCUGGUACAACCUCACCUCUGGUGUUGCGUCUACCCUGAUCAACAGAAGCCUGGGCAUCACUGGUGAAGAGCAGGCUUUGGCACAGGACAAGGCCAAAAUCGGAGACGCAGCCAAACAGGGAACUCAACCCACAGUCGACACGAACUUGCCUGUUGCGGACGAAAAAAGACAGCAAGAACUGGCCGACGCGGCUAAAAUGUCCCCAUCGACGGAACAAGCACCUACGCUGAUUGAUUCUGAGCUUGAGACCCUGUAUUCUGGAUUUCAAAAACGUCAAGCUGCCACCGAAGGUCCCGAUGCCGAAGCUCAAGCUCGUAGCUCGACCGAGUACAGACAGUCCCAGGAACGAGCACGCAGACUCCGGCGCGAAGAGGCCAAAGUCCGUGCGCUCAACAGCAAUGGCAGAGUCGACUACCACAUCCAAGAGGGCAUGUUCGAUGUGUCUCUGCUAGCCAGUAUUGCGAGUCACUUGAGCUAUUGGGCGGAUGAAGAUGUCAAUCACUUCAUGAUGGGGCAAAUGCUCAGGAACAGGGACAAAUCGCAGCGAAAUCCUCGAGGAGCGGAUGAGGCAUGGUGA